UCUAUUUAUGUUGAGAUCUUUUUGCAUCACAGUUAAAUCCGUGAACCUGGAUUCUUGGUGGUCGUAUCUGGCGUGUUUCUCUUCUAGUUAGCCAUGAGACUGCUUAUUAUACUACAUCUAGGACUGUCGGUGGUUUCGAUAAUAAGAACAGAAGAAGAUGAUGUUUGUGGCGGGAAACCAGCAGACGUCGUGUUUCUUCUCGACUCGUCUUCUUCCAUCGAGUUCUCCGACUUCCACAAACAGAUCCGGUUCACCCAGGAAGUGGUGGGUCUCUUCGACAUCGGGUCUGAUCGCACGCGAGUCGGGGUCGUCCUCUUCAGCGACAGCGUGCACCCGACCAUCGACCUGUCCCGCUACACCGACAAGACUUCGCUCCUCUCGGCAAUCAGACGACUCCAAUACAUCGGCGGGGGCACCCACACCGGGGAGGCUCUGACGUUUGUCGUAGACAAGGUUUACAAUAUAAAUGAACGCGAGGGGGUGCCUAAAAUCGCCAUCGUUCUCACGGACGGUCAGUCCUACGACAAGCCUACGACGAUAAAGGAAGCUAACAGGGCGCAUGCGGCGGGGAUAUCUAUUUUCGUCAUUGGCAUUGGCUUAAACACCGACGAAUCGGAACUGAGAGCCAUCGCUAGCGAUCCUGACGGCGAGUUCUUGCUUCAGAUCGAGAGUUAUUCCACUUUGGAGCGUUUCAAGCGUAGUCUGGCUAUCAAAGCAUGCGAAGUUGAAUAUGUUGAACCGCAGCAACUUUUGAUGGAUUCUCCAGGGCCUGAAGCCUGUAGUUUGAAGGUUAUUUUCGGAGCGGAUACAAGCGGGAUGACCACGGGCAAUAGCUUACAGAUAUCGACGUUCUUUUCCGACGUAACCGAAGCAGUCACUUCUAGCGUCGGCCAUCUUCAAUCAUCCCAGAUCACGAGCGACUGUCCCGCUUCCGGAGGAACCGGAAGCAAGAGUUACGCUCCUUUGCUAAGGAAGAUGCGCCUCCAGGUGUUGAGUGGGCGAUCGGGCGUGGAGCCUGUUGGGGUGCUCGUCGUCGAUUCGCCCAUCGCCGAUAUGUCGGCGACAGGACGCGAAGUGAUGAGGUCGAAAUUCCAGAAUUUCAAACUGCUCGCUGUCGCACUGAGUGACGCCAGUGUAUCGCAGAUGGCCAAAGUGUUCCGCACUCGAGUAGGAUCUCGUGAGUUCCAGAAGCACGUGUUCGAGGUCGACUCUGCAGAGAACCUGCAGUCGUUGGCGCCACAGAUCGGGAACCUACUCAUUGGACAAUGCUUUGAGUAGAGACCUUCAGCUGCGUCCUGUGAGGUCAAGUGUUCCCCCAACUCACCAAUGAUAUGUUUUGCUAGUCAGUGCAGACCAGACAUUUUAAUCAUGAUUAACAGGGGCGGAUCUAGUGGGGGAUGGGGGAGCUGGCAAAUGGGUGAACCUUCCCAUCCAAGUCUUUUAAUAGUUCUAAAAUAUCUCAUAGCUACAUCGGAUUGACUUGUGUUGUUUUAUUGCUGUAUUACUGAAUUAUCAUUGUUGAACACUUGUACCUAUUCCUUUCUAUAUUAUAUGCAAUAAAAUAUGUUUUUAAUUAAUCAA